AUGGAACCCCCAAGGGGGUUUUGGGCUUCUUUGUGGAACUUCAUAUUUUUCUUGCCUUACUUCAUUGGCCUUCUAAUUCUUGGCUUUACUAAAGGUAUCAUAUUAUUCUCAUUCAUAUGUCUUAUAAUGACUAUUGGGAUAUCUGGAAUAAUUUUGGGUCUUUGGCCGAUACACUUUUCUUAUACAUGUUAUUGCAUUUUCAGAACAAAACGAUUUGGGCCAGUUUUGAAGGAUGGAACUUGGGAGAUGGGCAAAGGGAGCUUCACUGUCAUUAGGGAUUUUAUGGAUGUUUGUUACCAUUCAUACUUUUCAAUUAUGGAUGAUCUACUGUCCGAAGGAAAAUAUUAUGAAAUUAGGUUGCUCUAUCUUCCUUUAGCUCUUAUAAUUGGAGUUCUUGGAGCUAUGGUUGAUCUACCAGUGAUCUCGAUUAUUGCCUUCUGCAAAAGCCCUUGCAUGUUUUUCAAGGGUUGGCAUCGUCUGUUUCAUGAUUGUAUAGGUCGAGAGGGGCCAUUCUUGGAAACAAUAUGUGUGCCAUUUGCAGGACUAGCAAUUUUACUCUGGCCGUUUGCCGUUGUUGGGGCGGUUUUGGGUUCUAUGGUUUCAAGUAUCUUCUUGGGCGCUUAUGCAGCCGUAAUAGUGUAUCAGGAGUGCUCUAUUUGGUUUGGACUUUGUUAUAUUGUCGCUUCAUUGUCCAUUUAUGACGAAUACAGCAAUGAUGUUUUAGACAUGGCUGAAGGAUCCUGCUUUCCAAGACCACGUUACACGAACAAGGCUCCAUCACGAACAAACUCUCGUUCCACUUCUUUCUCAAGGCCCAGCUCUUUCAAAAAGCCACCAUCUCGUACAAGUUCUCUUCCUGCACCUAUGAUUGAGUUGAAGCCCCUCGAGUUUGCCGAUUCCUUAUUUGAGGAGUGUCAACGCCAUGGGGAAAUUAUGGUUUCUAAAGGGAUAAUAACCCUAAAAGAUAUUGAAGAUGCUAAGAAUAAGAAAGGAAGUGGAAAGGUGAUAAGUAUUGGUUUACCUGCUUAUUGCCUUUUUCAGGCACUUCUGCACUCUGUAAAAUCUAAUUCCACUGGUAUAUUGCUAAAUGACAAUACAGAAAUAACUACCUCAAAUCGGCCAAAGGAUACAUUCUUCGAUUGGUUUCUUAAUCCACUAUUAAUCAUUAAAGACCAGAUUAAAGCUGGCAACCUUUCUGAGGUCGAGGAGGAAUACCUUGGCAAAUUAGUUUUAUUGAGUAGCGAUCCUGCACGGUUAAAGAAUUCAAAUAUCGGCCCACCACCUGAAUCUGAGCUAAGACGAGCUGAACUUGAUGCAUUAGCUCGAAGACUUCAAGGGAUAACUAAGUCUAUAACAAGAUAUCCAACAUUUAGGCGUCGUUUUGAUGAUAGUAUGGAAAUCAUUUUACUAGAGCUCGCUAAGAAGAAUGGCGAGAACUCAAAAUCGAGCAGCAGUAGGCCUCAAACAGUGCCUAGGUCAAAAAGCAUGUUUGCUAGGAUAUUAAGCCAGAAGUCUUUUAACAGCAGGAAGGACAACCCGGGUUCUGAUCAAGAGGCUCAAACAGUUGUUGAAAGAGAUGUAGAAAUUGGAUAA